GAUAGUGGCUAUUGAUAAAAAGAGCCUCGCAAAGUGGCAACCACGGUCAUCCUGGUGUCAAAACCAAGAAUCUCAGAAUUUUUCUUCUAGACUUCUCCUUGGUUUUCUUUCCCCCAAGACUCUGAACAGGAUGAAAUUGGAUCUCCUCACCCUGACCUUAUGCCUCCUCUGUACAGCCAUGCUGUGCAGAGGGCAGGAGGCCACGCCCACACCUGCUCCUGGAACGAAACCAACUACACCCAGUCCAGGUCCAACUACACCUCUUCCAGGAUCUAGCACGCCUGCUCCGGGCUCGACAACACCAAGUCCAGAUCCAGGAUCUAGCACGACUCCAUCAACGGCCGGACCUACGCCACCAAAAGAGACUAGCCCCGCCACUGAGGGUAAAGGGCCGGAGGGAUCCGAGGGGCUCUCAGACGGCGCCAUCGCGGGCAUCACAGUCGGUUCUAUUGCCGGUGUGGCUGCUAUUGGCGGUGGUAUCUUUGGAGUCCUCAAGUAUACUGGGAGAGUGUGAGAAGUUAAGCCUGCUGCAUCACUUCUUAUUUUCUAUUAAUUAUUUGCUAAUGAGAGAAAAAAUUGAAUUCCAUUUAUACAGGAUGUGUUCAGGACAUUUAUUUGCACUUGUACAUUUGAAUUAAAAGGGCUACUUGUGCACGACUGUGUUUUUAAAAAAAAAAAAAAUUCCUUAAACUCG